AUGGCAGCUUCGCUGGGACUUACCGGCCAUGAGACCAGCUACCCGGCCCACCCGGCGGCCUCCUCCUUGUACAACUUCCAAGCCGGUGAUCCCUUCGCGGCAGCGGCGGGCGGUGCCGCGGAGCUGAGCUUCCCGGAGCUCGUGGACGCCGCUCGGCCCUCCGACUACUCGCUGCUUCCGGCGUUCGGCGCCGCUGGAGGCGAGGCGAUGAACAUGUACGAGCGGAGUGUUGUCUUCCCCAUGACGACCUCCUACUACUGCGACGGCGCCGGGAUGUUCGACGGCGACGCUUCGGCGAGGGCGAGAGGAGGAGGGAUCGGUGCUAUGGCGGGGCGGCCGUCGGGGAGGAUCGGGUUCCGGACUCGGUCGGAGGUGGAGGUGCUAGACGACGGGUUCCGGUGGAGGAAGUACGGCAAGAAGGCGGUGAAGAGCAGCCCCAACCUGCGCAACUACUACCGGUGCUCCGCCGAGGGGUGCGGGGUGAAGAAGCGGGUCGAGCGCGACCGCGACGACCCGCACUAUGUCCUCACCACCUACGACGGCGUCCACAACCACGUCACCCCCGGCAGCACGCCGAGGGCGUCCCCGGCGUACUCGGCGCCGGCGGCACCCGCUUGGACCUGGAGCGAGCUGCAUGCGGCGGCGGCGGCGGGGGCUCACUCCUCGGAGUCCUACUGA